AUGGCUCCAUUUCCACUUAUCAAAUUGGCUAUUGUCUUUUUCAAACAAGUCAGCAAACCACUUGCUGCUCAGAUUAAAGCACGCGCAAAAAAUAGUGAAUUUUUCAAGAAAUAUGUCUGUAUGCCUCCUGCACAGUUUUAUCAUUGGUAUGAUGUUAAUCUUCGAAUGAGAAUGUUAGGUAUUGAAACAAAAAAAGUAGCUAAAAUGAAUGAAGAAGCAGCUGUUGCACUUGGUGCAGAUAUAUUGGGUGAAGGUGUAAUAUUAGGUGUUGCUAUUGCUGGUUUGGCUCUUGAAUAUGCUAGACAAUCGAAAAAUAAUGCUAUCAAAGAAACACGUCAACAAGAACGAUUAGUUGGUAUGGAGCAACAAAUAGCUGAACUUGAACUUACAUUAGCUAAUCAAUCAGCUCAAAUGUUACAACUUGAACGUCAUAUACAGCAUAAAGUAUCACCACCAUCAAAACCUACAAAAUCAUCGUCUUCAACAUCACUUCCAGUAUCAACUACCAACAAAGAUUCAAAAGGACAAGCAUUUUCAAUUCUUGAUACAUCAUUAGUUCAAUCACCAUUAAUGCAAUUACAUAGAACGGACUAUUUGUUAUUGACGAUGACACAUGUUAUUCAACAAACCAAUGAUUUUAUUAUGUCACCAGUAAAACAAUGGUCAUCAUCAUUGAGAAAAACAAAAAAUUAA